CCACAUUCGCGCCUCUGUGGACAGAAGAAGAGGAAAGAACAAAAACACCAAGUCGCUUCCCCAUUUCUGCUUCGUGUGCAGUGAACUGCAGUUGUGUUUUAAAUUUAGUGAUUCAUUUUUAACAAUAUCGAUAGGUUUUGGUGCAUCGCAAUUAGUAGAAUGAGUGCACCAUCGAACUCGAAGAGCGGCACUGGUCAGCCAGGUGCAUCGGGUUCGGGGGCUCCCGUGUCGGUGCAAGAGUUUGUAAUUCGAGUGCCGAAGAAUCUGAAAAAGAAGUACCAUGUGAUGCGGUUCAACGCCACGCUGAAUGUGGAUUUCACCCAGUGGCGGACGGUCAAGAUGGAGCGCGAGAACAAUCAGAAAGAAUUCAAGGGAAUCGAAGAGGUGAUGCCGAAGUUCGGUGCCGGUUCGGAGUUUAAUCGCGAUCUGCGGGAAGAGGCCCGCCGCAAGCGGUUCGGCAUAAUUGCCAAAAAGUAUAAGCCCGAGGCGCAACCAUGGAUUUUGCGUGCCGGUGGCAAGAGUGGCAAAAUGUUUCGUGGCAUCCGGGAGGGAGGUGUUGGCGAGAAUGCAGCGUUCUACGUGUUCACACACGCACCGGAUGGUGCGAUUGAAGCGUACCCGCUUAACGAGUGGUACAAUUUCCAACCGAUCAACCGAUACAAGGCAUUGUCCGCCGAGGAAGCGGAGCAGGAGUACGGCAGGAGGAAGAAGACGAUGAACUACUUCUCGCUGAUGUUCCGGAAGCGGCUGAAGAAGGGCGAGGACAACGAUGGCGAGGAGCAAGAGGAAACAAAGAGCAAGAAGGGAGAGGGCGGCAAGAGCAAGGAUUUGAAGAUCAGCGAUAUGGAUGAAUGGAUCGAUUCGGACGAGAUGUCCUCGUCGGGCGAUGACGAUGAUGAGGGCAAGCCGAAGCAAAAGGACAGUGACGACGAUGCCAUGGACAAGAAGGCAAAGAACAAAAAGAAAGCGCUGGCAGACAGCAAGAAAAAGAAGCGGGACGUGGAUGAGGAAGCGUUUGAGGAGUCGGAUGAUGGUGACGAGGAGGGCCGCGAGCUGGACUACAUAUCGGACUCGAGCGACAGUGAAUCGGACCACGACGCGAAGGUGGUGAAGGAGAUGAAAUCCGUCGCUGAGGAGGAUGCUCUGCGGAAGCUGCUGACCUCGGAUGAAGACUCGGAGGAAGAGGAAAAGAAAUCGGAGGAGGACGAAGAGAAAGAGGACGAGAAGAACGGCAAAUCGAAGGAGAAGGACAAGGACGGCAAGGAGAAGGAAGGCAAGGAGGGCAAGAAGAAAAAGAAAGCUAAGAAAAACAAGAGCAAAAAAUCGGAAUCGGACAAGAAGGAUUCGUCGAGCGAUUUCAGCUCGGACAGUUCGGAUUCGGAUACGGCUAGCGCGAAGAAGAAGUUGAAGGACAAAAAGGGCAAGGAAGGCAUCGGGUCGAAUUUGUCCAGUGCGAACAAUUCGCGCUCCGCCUCGCCCAGCAUAAGCCAGUUCGAUUCGAAUAAGCGCAAAAUGACCGGCUCCAACAUGCCAACGACGGAUCUGACCGGGUCGGACAAUAGCAACAGUCCGGUGUCUACGCCGGCGAAGAAAGUAAAGACGGACAUUACGCCAUCGCUUCCGCCCACGUUUGCUGGAAUCGUAAACGCGUCCAGCAAAGAUGAUUACGGCAUAACGGAAGAGGCAGUUCGGCGGUACUUGAUGCGCAAACCGAUGACCACCACGGAACUGCUUACCAAGUUCAAGAACAAGAAGACGGGUGUAUCCAGCGAGAAGCUGGUGGAAACGAUGACCCAAAUACUGAAGCGAAUCAACCCGGUAAAGCAGACGAUACAGGGCAAAAUGUAUCUUAGUAUAAAGGUAACGAAAUAAACCGCGAAAAGACCGACCUUUGCUCCAUUGCACUACUAUGCCCCUACAAUAGAGAAAUUCAAGCAAAUACAUUUGAUUCUUACAAAUA